GAAGCAGCGGUUUAGAGAAGUCUCUAGUUCGUGUGAUACAGAACUACACAACUCUACAAUGUCUUCUAUUUUAUUGACGGCUCUGUUGUUUGUAAAUAUCAUGUUCACCUGUGGACUUGACAUUUCAUUGGAAAGAGAAUACUAUAUGGAGGGUAAACAUUUAUUCUGUGCCAAGUUACAUUGUGUGGAGAGCACUAGAGAAGAAAAUGAAAUCUCAGCUCUUGUCAACAUGUCAGUCUAUAGGAUCAGUGAAUUAGAGGGGAAGAUUAUGUUGGCGUCUGUAUCAGAAUCAGAUUCAAGAGUUCAAGAUUAUAAAGUAAAUGGAUCAAAAGUUGAUGGAAAGUUUUCAAAGGUGUUUGGAGAGUUGACUGUGUCGUUUACAAAACCUUCUGAUUGUUUUAGUACAGUGUUUGGAUGUGAUGUGUAUUACACAAAUAAAAGGGGUCUCAUUGAGAUGAAAGAGAAUAAAACCAAAACUGUUGAUCAAGGAAAUCGUAAGCCGCUGAUGUUGAUGACCUUAGAGGCUAAAACUUCAGAGUUUGAUAAAACAAUUGAUAGAAUGUCUGAGUUUCUAAAAACAUUUAAAGAUUCAGAUAAAUUAAACAGUGCUGACUUGAAGAUGAAUUUACAGUUAUUAACAGAUGACAAACAUUCAAACCUUAGUUAUCAUAAAACAGAAUUAAAAAAGGAGAAGGGUGAUGAAACUUUGGUUAACCUUACUAAUGCGAUGGAAAGUAGAUUAAAUAGCGUGUUAUCUGCCCAAGGAUCUACAAUUCAGAGACUUGAAAAUCAAAUGAACAACAUUGUUAACAGAUUGAACACCUUAGAUAACACAAAUCAAGAGUUCACGCAUUUUAAAUACACCUUGACUGAAAAAUUACUAAAAUCAAUUCAACAGAUAGAAGCAAACAAUAAAACACUUCAAAUACACAAUAUGUCAGUACACAACGUAUCAAGACUAUACAAUACUUUACACACACAACUGGAGAGACUGAACUACAGUUUGGUUAAUGUAUCACUUGAUAUACAGAGUUUGUCUCAAAGGUCAAAUCAAAGUGAAAUUCUAACAAAAACCAUGCAAGAUUUCAAAAAAGAUUUUCUAAAUUUAACUAACGAAUUGUUAAAAAAUAACACAGCGAUUUUGGAACAACGUCAAAAUAUAAGCAUUCAACAACUGGGGGAAAGCAACAAAUUAUUGGCAGAGACACAGUCAAAGACACUGAAGGAUUUAAAAUCAGCUAUAUCACUACUAAACAAUACAGACACUGAUAUACAUGCCCGUAUGGAGAAGAUGAAUAACAUCGUUAAAAACCUGAUUACUAAAUCAGAUCAAAUUGGUGUCAUAGUCAGUAGAUUACAUAGAUUAAGUGGCCCUGUGUUCAAUGAAAGUGAAUACUUAAAAUGUGCCAACAUGAACGAUCAUGUUUUAGCUGACAUGACAGAGGCUGGAGUAGAUGUCAGCAGAACAUUGUGUGAUAACAAAACUGACGGUGGAGGAUGGAUUAUUAUACAGAGACGUAUCAAAGGUGAUUUGAACUUUACAAGAACUUGGAACGAUUAUAAAAACGGAUUUGGUUCAACAUCUGGAGACUUUUGGAUCGGAAAUGACGUCAUUUCUCGCUUGACAGAUUCGGGUUAUAAUGAACUCAGAUUUGACAUGAAGUAUAAAGGUAACGACUUCUACGCUGUGUACAGAGGUUUUAAGGUAGAAAAUGAAGCAGCAAAGUAUAAGAUGAGCUACACGUCAUUCACUGGUGGGAAUGUUGUAGACAAUUUUAGUUAUAACAAAGGCCAGAAGUUUACAACCAUUGACUCUGAUAACGAUAUGUGGUCAGGUGAAAACUGUGCUGUACACAAUAGAGGUGGUUGGUGGUAUUUUGAUUGUCACUUUGUUAACGUCAACGGUGAAUGGGCGAGUCGUGUUCAUGCGAAAGGAAUUAAUUGGCAUACCAUUACAGGCUGGUCUGACUCUCUAGACUUUGUUGAGAUGAAACUUCGUCGAAUGUAAACAACCCCAAAACAAUGUUAUGGUAAAAUAAUGGAUAUACAGUAAUCAAAUGAUUUAUUUAAUCUUCAGGAACAUAAACAACAUUUCAUAUAUUAAAAUAAAUAGAUGUAAACAUUUAGAUAAGGCAAUAUUUGUUCGAUGGUGAGUCUACAUAAGAAGUUAAAAUUAACGAACAUGAAACUAAACAUUUGAUUAAAAAAAAAUUAUUUUAAAAACUACAACUGAGUUUGUUUUGCUAUUAUUAAAACAGGAAAAAAACCCGACUAUGAUGGUGUCAUUUAUUUCUUGCAUAUUCAUAACUAGACUAGUAGUGUAGUUGUCAUCUACCUCUAUAUAUUUAAUUAGACAUUCACUCGGAUCGUGUGAAGUUCAACUCUAAUAACGUGUGUAAUGUUUGUGCAAUUUUUUAAAUAUUUUUUUUCGCAUAGUUUUUCGAAAGAUGUAUAUAUGACAUCUAACAUAGCAUAAAGUAGAUAGUAACUGUUAAUUUGGGAUCUGUAAAGCUUUGUAUUAUAAAUGUGAACAUUUAAGUAAAUCCUUUGUUUAAGUAGUUAAUAUAUUAUCUAGUGUAUGUCAUAUCGAGCAUGUUUCAUGAUUUAGAAUUGUCUACUAUCACAUAUAAGUACAUAUUAGUACAAAAUAAAAGUAUAAUUCUGAAUAUGUUUGUAUUACUGAGAUUGGAAUAUUCUUUCAUUAUCGUUUUCAAGGUACAUAACUAUACUCUCUCAAAUCAAGUGGGUAAUUUUAAUUGUUAUUUCCCGUGAACAAUUUAGUGUCGUUUGUGUUCCAUACCUUAGGCUAGAGAAAUUUCCAAUUACCUAAUUUUAUAAUUGUAUUUGUUUAGUAUGUUUACAUGGACACAAUUAAUGGAAAGCAAUUAUAUGCAUUUACAUACAUCUUUAUUAUAACGUGCACUUAAUUUUUAUAUCAAGCCUCCCUUUGUGUAGUUUAAGGAAUUGUUUGGUUUAUAUAUUUACAAAUACAUCCGUUUAUACAACUUA